GCCGCUCUCUUUUACUCACUCCCACCUAUUGAUCGAUGCACCGUUCACGUUUACUCGUCCAAAUUUUCUCCGACUCGGCAAUCUCUAACGCCUCCACUAACUUUGCUCCCAUCGUCGCCAUGUCUACUCGUCCACUGUACAGAGGUGGACGCGGCCGCGCAAGAGCGCGAGGCGGGAGAAGCUUCUCUGAUCGUCCGUACAACGACUCCGUGAGAGAUCAAUUCGUCACUGGAGACUCGCAUUUUCAGUCAGUCCACGACGCCAAUCUCGAAUUCCGUCAUGGAAACAGAGGCGCCGAUCCUCGUCGUUUCGAUCAGAACUACCAAUUCCGUCCUCCUCCUCAAGUUCAAUGGCGACCUAAUCAUCCGCCUUCAGGUCAAAACUACUCAGCUUGUCCUCCUCCUCCGUUCGAUCAAAACCAGAUGUCUCGGCCUCCUCCUCCGCAGCAGCAGCAGCAGCGUAGUAGCUUUCGUCAACGGCCACGGUCGAAACCUUCGGAUUACCGUGAAUGGGAAUAUUCCAAAACGGCACCGUCUCCUGGCUCCGAGAAGUUUGUUGUUCUUUCGUAUAACAUAUUGGCGGAUUACCUUGCAAAUGAUCACUGGAGAAAUCUUUAUUUUCAUAUACCGAGGAAUGUGUUGAGUUGGGGAUUUAGGAAGAGCAAGAUUGUGUUUGAGCUUGGCUUAUGGUCUGCUGAUAUAAUGUGCCUCCAGGAAGUUGAUAAAUUUCAGGACUUAGAGGAGGAGUUGAAGCACAGGGGAUAUAGUGGCAUCUGGAAGAUGCGGACGGGUAAUGCUGUUGACGGGUGUGCAAUCUUUUGGCGAUCAAAUAGGUUCAAGUUGGUUCACGAGGAAACUAUCCAGUUCAAUCAGCUUGGUCUCCGAGAUAAUGUUGCCCAGAUAUGUGUGCUUGAGGCGCUGCUGAAUUCACACGCCAAAGAAAAUGAGGCCUCUCCACCUGAAAGCUGUUCCCGCCGGGUUGUUGUUUGUAAUAUUCACGUGCUAUAUAAUCCUAAAAGAGGAGACUUUAAACUUGGUCAGGUGAGAACACUCUUAGAGAGAGCUCAUGCUGUUUCCAAACUCUGGGACGAUGCGCCUGUUGUUUUAUGUGGGGAUUUCAACUGUACACCAAAGAGUCAAUUGUACAACUUUAUUUCAGAGGGCAAGUUGGAUUUGUCUGGUUUGGCCAGAAAUAAAAUUUCGGGGCAAGAAUCUGCUGAAAUUCGUCCACCACGGCAAGAAAUUUAUACGAGGUUUCAGUCCGCAAAUAUAUCGCCACAAGGUCAAGUUGAACCUCAGGAUUCGAUUGCCAAUGCUCGUAUGGAAAAUAACUCCAGCAUGGAUGUUGGAAAAGCCCCCUCCAUAAGAAACACAUCUGAGCUUCCAUGUGGUGAUACUGUUCUUGCUGGCGACAAAGCCACCUCCAGCUCUGAAAGAGUAUUACCAGGCGAGGGUCUGGCCUCAGGUUGUAAUCUAGGAAGACAAAACAUAAAACCUGAUGACGCCGUGGAUCUCACGAUAGCUGAAGGUCUCUCUUCAGUAACCAUAUCAGAUCUAGAACCUCCACAUACUACUAAUGCUAAAGACGAUUCGAGAGAAAAACUUUCAGCAAGUUCUGCUAUAUCAGCAACAGAGCAUUCUUCUGAAGAAAUUGUGUCCAAUGCUCAAAAUGAUUUAUCUAGUCUCUCCAUCAAGGUUGACACUUCAGCCGAGAUGAAACUAGAUGACUUAACAUUGGACGAAGCAGCUGUAUUUGCGCAAGAAGAAGAAGGUAUAGGUGAAGAUGGGGAAACUCUUUUGGCUAAGCUACACGAUAAUAAUGAAGACAUAAGUCAAACAGGGGAACUUGUGAAUGACUUUCCACGUGAAUCGGGUUCUGAAGCUUUGGAUUAUGGGAAAAUCACUUAUAAUCCAGCCUCUUGGACCCCAAUGGAGAUAGCAGCUGCAACAGGUGAUCCAGAAAGACGUACGGUUGAACACGCUCUGGAGCUUAAAAGCACUUACUCCGAAAUCGAGGGUAAAGCAAACACAAGAGAUGAAAACGGAGAACCUGCAGUAACCAGUUAUCACAGAUGUUUCAUGGGGACAGUUGACUACAUCUGGCGGUCGGAAGGACUCCAAACGGUGCGUGUGCUUGCUCCAAUAACGAAACAAGCAAUGCAGUGGACACCAGGCUUCCCAACUCCAAAAUGGGGGAGCGAUCACAUUGCAUUGGUUUCAGAGUUGGCCUUUUGCAGCAGCAAGAGUGAGCCUAAAAGCUGAAUAGUUAACAUGUUGUUACCUUAAUCUAAGGAAGUGUUCCGAAGAAGAAGAAUAGACUUUUCCGUCUCAACAUUUAAAUUAAAAUAAGCUCAAUAAUCAUCUCGUUUCAUUUUGAUCAAGUACUGUAAGGUGAUUUGUUGUCUGAAUAGUAAAAUUAAGCUCAACAAACCAUUGUCUGGAAAUUACGAGUUGUAGAACAUGAAAAUUUGUCUUUCACAAGGGUUGUAGUUCGGAAAGGCCCAG